AUGCCAUUGAGACCCACAGAUGUCUUCGUCGCAAGCUAUCAACGAUCUGGCACUACUUGGACUCAGGAAUUGGUCUGGUUACUUUCAAAUGAUUUGGAUUACAAAACGGCCGCAGCCAUUCCACUUACAGAAAGAUAUCCAUUUUUGGAUUUAUUCAUGUUCGCCGAAAUAAACCAUUUAGAUGCACUUUUUAAACCUACUGAUACAACAAUAGACCUACCAAAAAUUGAAGCAGUAUUUGAAAUAUUUGGCCAGCCAGCAACUAGAAUACUUGAAGCUAUGCCAGUGUCGACCCCUCGCUUCAUAAAGACACACUUACCAAUGUCCUUGUUGAAACCUAGUUUGAAGGAACUUUUAAAGAGUUUUUGGAAUUUAUUCUACAAGGAUUUGUGUAUAUUUUGUCCUAUUUUUGAACAUGUCAAAGAAGCCUGGGAGAAAAGAAACCAUCCUAACAUGCUAUUUUUAUUCUACGAAGACCUUUCCAAGGACUUAAAUGCUUCUAUAAGUCGGGUUGCUGAUUUUCUAGGUAAAAAAAUAACUCAAGAGGAAUCAGUGCGCCUUUAUGAACAUCUAAGUUUUGACAAUUUUAAAAACAACAAGUCAGUUAAUUUCGAAGACAUGAGAGAAAUUGGACUACUUGCACCUACCGAAAGUUUUGUCAGAAAAGGAAAGACAGGCGGUUGGCGCGACUACUUCGAUGAGGAGAUGACACAGCAAGCGGAACAAUGGAUCGCCGACAACCUGCGAAAUACGGAUCUCCGCUACCCCCACAUGAACAAUUAA